GAGUCGCAGGGCCCCGGGAAGAGGGAGAAGGAAGGCGAAAGUGACCGUUCCAGAGAAAGUGGGCAGCCAGGCCUCUGGUGUGGGGCCUCCGGAACCGCCCCCAAGGGCACCUGAGCACCCCAGUUCGCUCUCGGCCUCGCUUCUCUCGGUUAGCGCCUGGCCCUUGGCGCCCAGUUAAGCGUCCCCUCCCUGCGCACAGCCAGUCCUUUCGGCGCGCGGAAAGGGUGUCAGGGCCGGUGCCUGGGCCAACUCUGGCUCCUCCCGCUCGCCUGCAGCCUUGAGCGCCCGGGCGCCCUCCCCACGCCAAUCGCUGCCGAGUCCGCGCUCAGACCCGCGCCCGCGAUCGCUGGGUCAUGGGCGCCGCCGGCUCGUCCGCGCUGGCCCGCCUGGGCCUCCCCGCGCCGCAGCCCCGGCCCCGCUGGCUCGGGGUCGCCGCGCUGGGACUGGCCGCGGUGGCGCUGGGGGCCGUGGCCUGGCGUCGCGCGCGGCCCGGGCGGCGCCGGCGGCUGCAGCAGGUGGGCACCGUGGCAGAGCUCUGGAUCUACCCCGUCAAGUCCUGCAAGGGGGUGUCGGUGAAGGCGGCUGAGUGCACGGCCCUGGGGCUGCGCAGCGGUCACUUGCGGGACAGGUUUUGGCUGGUGAUUAAGGAAGAUGGACACAUGGUGACUGCCCGGCAGGAACCUCGCCUCGUGCUGGUCUCCACUACCUAUGAGGAUGAUUGCCUUAUCCUCAGGGCACCAGGCAUGGACCAACUGGUUUUGCCGAGCAAACCACGUUCUUCAAACAAGAUCCAUGACUGCAGGGUGUUUGGUCUUGACAUCCAGGGCAGGGAUUGUGGUAACGAGGCUGCUCAGUGGUUCACCAACUUCCUGAAAACAGAAGCUUUCAGGCUGGUUCAGUUUGAAAAGAACAUGAAGGGAAGACCAUCGAGCAAAAUUUUCCCUUCUGUUGUCCAGAAUUACCAGGUGGCCUACCCGGACUGCGGCCCCAUUAUGAUCCUCUCAGAAGCCUCUCUGGAAGAUCUGAAUACCAGGCUGGAGAAGAAAGUGAAAAUGGACAAUUUCAGGCCAAAUAUCGUGGUGGCAGGCAGCAAUGCUUUUGAGGAGGACACCUGGGGUGAACUCCUCAUUGGCGACGUAGAAAUGAAAAAGGUCUUGGCUUGUCCCAGGUGCAUUAUGACCACGGUGGACCCAGAUACCGGAGUGAUCAACAGGAAGGAGCCACUGGAAACCCUGAAAAGCUACCGCCUGUGUGAUCCUUCCGAGAAGCCAAUUUACCAGUCAUCCCCACUUUUUGGGAUGUAUUAUUCGGUGGAAAAAAUUGGAAGCCUGAAAGUUGGUGACCCCGUGUACCAGAUGGUACAGUGACAGAUCCACUAGGUUUCAGCAUCCCGGAGGCACUGAUCCAGAUUUUAAUGACCACAGCAGCACCACCUGGGCAAAUUCUUAUUACCCAGCCUGUGACCAUCUUUAUCGUAGAAAUGAAUCUCUUUUUGGAGUUAACGGAUGCUCUGAGUUAAUGCAAGGAAAGUAUGAGAGGUGAUUUGGGAAUAAGAACAUAUGUAGAUUUUAGAUAAUGAAGACUUUUGAAAUAAAUAAAACUGCCGAUAAAAUUAAUGUUAUGGUAGCUACUGCACGUCUCCAAUCCCUGACAUUAAUAUUGAUGAAUAAAGAAAGUCUAAAGGACAAAAUAAUGCCAUUUGCAGCAACAUGGAUACAACUAGAGAUCAUUAUAUGAAGUG